CCCGAUCGCCUUAGGCUCAAGGGCUUAGGUCCCAGCCCACGGGGCCUGACCGCACCGCACUGAGCGGCCUCCGCGCCAGGUAAUGCACAAGGGUCACGUGUUUGCUCUCAAGAUGACCAGGCAGAUCCUGUCCUCAGGACCAGAAGCACGUCUCUGCUGCACACAUCGUUGUCUACACCGUGAGGAUUUAGUAGCAGGACUCCUGGAAAGCAGUGAUCUAUGCUCAAAGACCAUGAGUCACAGAUUCUUUUUUUCAGUACUAUUUAUGAUUAGCCAUAUUUAUAGGAACAUCCUGAAAGAUGGAACCAUGAUGAAAAAGUGAAGAUAAUCUACAUUCGGGGGCACAAAUGAGCAUUUGGAUCAGUUUUUUACGAACCUAAGAUACAGCCAGAGUAGUUAUGGUCAGUCAUGGAGAAUAACUUGAAAACUUGUCCCAAAGAGGACGGUGAUUUCGUUUCUGAUAAAAUAAAGUUUAAAAUAGAAGAGGAAGAUGAUGAUGGAACUCCUCCUGACAGCUUGGAAAGAAUGGACUUUAAAAGUGAGCAGGGGGACAUGAAGCAGGCGGGUAGCGGUGGGGAGCGAGCGGGCCUCGGCGGGACGGGCUGCAGCUGCAAGCCCCCAGGGAAGUACUUGUCUGCAGAGAGCGAGGACGACUAUGGCGCGCUGUUCUCCCAGUACAGCAGCACCCUCUACGACGUGGCCAUGGAGGCCGUGACCCAGAGCCUCCUUUCCAGCCGGAACAUGAGCUCCAGGAAGAAGUCUCCAGCCUGGAAGCAUUUUUUUAUCUCUCCCCGAGACAGCACUAAAGCAAUAUGCAUGUACUGCGUGAAAGAGUUCAGCAGAGGCAAAAACGAGAAAGACUUGAGUACCAGUUGUCUCAUGAGGCACGUGAGACGCGCACACCCGACCGUGCUCAUUCAGGAAAACGGCAGCGUGUCUGCCGUGUCCUCAUUCCCCUCUCCCUCACUCCUGCUUCCACCGCAGCCUGCGGACACGGGCGACCUCAGCACCAUCCUCUCACCCAUCAAACUUGUCCAGAAAGUGACGUCUAAGAUCCCGUCCCCCGAUCGAAUAACAGAGGAGUCUGUGUCUGUAGUUUCUUCUGAAGAAAUCUCCUCUGACAUGUCCGUUUCAGAGAAGUGCGGCAGAGAAGAAGCCCUGGUAGGGUCGUCUCCCCACCUCCCUGCUCUCCGUCACGAUGAGACUGCAGAGAACUUAGCGGAGAAGAGCCUUCCACUUCCAAAGAGCACCUCCGGGUCUAGGAGAAGGUCCGCUGUCUGGAAGCACUUCUACCUGUCACCACUGGACAACUCCAAAGCCGUCUGCAUUCACUGCAUGAACGAGUUCAGCCGGGGGAAGAACGGGAAGGACCUGGGCACAAGCUGCCUCAUCAGGCACAUGUGGAGAGCACACCGCGCCAUCGUGCUGCAGGAGAACGGGGGCACGGGCAUCCCGCCUCUGUACUCCACCCCUCCCACCCUGCUGCCUUCCCUGCUGCCACCAGAGGGGGAGCUCAGCUCUGUGUCGUCGUCUCCGGUAAAGCUGGUCAGAGAGUCCCCUUCGGCCUCCUCCUCCCCUGACAGGCUGACUGAGGACUUGCAGUCUCACUUGAACCCUGGAGAUGGGCUGAUGGAAGACGCGGCGGCCUUCUCAUCUUCCGACGACGUGGGGGAGGCCUCGGCGUCCUCUCCCGAGAAGCAGCAGGCUGACGGGCUGAGUCCUAGAUUGUUUGAAUCUGGCGCCGUCUUCCAGCAGAAUAAGAAGGUCAUGAAGAGGCUGAAGUCGGAGGUCUGGCAUCACUUCUCCCUGGCCCCCACGGACAGCCUCAAGGCCGAGUGUCGGUACUGCGGCUGCGCCAUCAGCCGGGGAAAGAAGGGUGACGUGGGCACCAGUUGCCUGAUGAGACAUCUCUACCGGCGCCACCCAGAAGUUGUUGGGAGCCAGAAGGGCUUUCUGGGUGCCAGUCUGGCAAACUCUCCGUAUGCCACUUUGGCCUCUGCAGAAAGUUCCUCUUCCAAACUGACUGACUUGCCAACAGUGGUCACAAAAAACAAUCAAGUUACGUUUCCUGUUAAUAGUAAAAAGACCUCAAAACUGUGGAAUCAUUUUUCUAUUUGCUCCGCAGACUCCACAAAAGUCGUGUGCUUGCACUGUGGCCGGACCAUCAGCCGGGGGAAGAAGCCGACUAACUUGGGUACCAGCUGUCUUCUGAGACAUUUACAGCGGUUCCAUAGCAACGUGCUGAAAACCGAGGUCUCAGAGACGGCGCAGCCCUCCUCUCCGGACAUCCGGGUGCCGCGGGGCACAGAACUAUCAGGCACUUCCUCCUUCGAUGACACCAAUGAGAAGUUUUAUGAUUCUCACCCAGUUGCCAAAAAAAUCACAAGUCUCAUAGCUGAAAUGAUUGCACUUGACCUCCAGCCAUAUUCUUUUGUAGACAAUGUUGGCUUUAACAGGCUGCUUGAAUACUUGAAACCUCAGUACUCCCUCCCUGCCCCUUCCUACUUCUCCAGGACAGCUAUCCCAGGUAUGUAUGAUAAUGUGAAGCAGAUAAUUAUGUCCCACCUGAAGGAGGCUGAGAGUGGUGUGAUCCACUUCACGUCUGGAAUAUGGAUGAGUAACCAGACCCGUGAGUACCUGACCCUCACGGCCCACUGGGUUUCCUUCGAGUCAUCGGCCCGGCCGCGCUGCGAUGACCACCACUGCUCGGCGCUCUUGGACGUGUCGCAGGUGGACUGCGACUACAGUGGCAACAGCAUUCAGAAGCAGCUGGAGUGCUGGUGGGAAGCGUGGGUGACCUCCACUGGCCUUCAGGUGGGCAUCACCGUCACCGACAACCCCAGCAUCGGGAAGACGCUGAGCGAGGGGGAGCACUCGAGCGUGCAGUGCUUCAGCCACACGGUGAACCUGAUCGUCAGCGAGGCCAUUAAGAGCCAGCGGAUGGUGCAGAACCUGCUGAGCCUCGCCCGGAAGAUCUGCGAGCGGGUGCACCGGUCGCCCAAGGCGAAGGAGAAACUGGCCGAGCUGCAGAGGGAGUAUGCGCUGCCCCAGCACCACCUCAUCCAGGACGUCCCCUCCAAGUGGAGCACGUCCUUCCACAUGCUCGAGCGGCUCAUCGAGCAGAAAAGGGCCAUUAACGAGAUGUCCGUGGAGUGUAACUUCCGAGAGCUGAUCAGCUGUGACCAGUGGGAGGUCAUGCAGUCUGUGUGCUGUGCGCUGAAGCCCUUCGAGGCCGCGAGCCGGGAGAUGAGCACGCAGAUGUCCACCCUCAGCCAGGUCAUCCCCAUGGUGCAUAUCCUCAACAGGAAGGUGGAGAUGCUCUUCGAGGAGACGAUGGGCAUCGACACCAUGCUGCGCUCUCUGAAAGAGGCCAUGGUGAGCCGCCUGUCCGCCACCCUCCACGACCCGCGGUACGUCUUCGCCACGCUGCUGGACCCUCGCUACAAGGCCUCCCUGUUUACGGAGGAGGAGACGGAGCAGUACAAGCAGGAUUUAAUCAGGGAACUCGAACUCAUGAAUUCUACCUCAGAGGACGCGGCUGCCUCCCACAGGUGCGAUGCUGGCUCCCCGUCGAAAGACUCUGCCGCAGAGGAGAGCCUGUGGUCGCUGGUGGCCAAGGUGAAGAAGAAAGACCCAAGAGAAAAGCUGCCUGAAGACAUGGUGCUCGCGUAUCUGGAGGAGGAAGUGCUUGAACACAGCUGUGACCCGCUCACCUACUGGAACCUGAAGAAGGCGUCCUGGCCGGGGCUGUCCACGCUGGCCGUCAGAUUUUUGGGCUGCCCCCCAAGCAUCGUCCCUUCAGAAAAGCUGUUCAACACGCCCACUGAGAACGGCAGCCUUGGCCAAUCCAGGCUCAUGAUGGAACAUUUUGAAAAACUUAUCUUUUUGAAAGUGAAUCUUCCCUUAAUAUACUUUCAGUAUUGAAACUCACAACGGCACCACCAGGCCAGAGGCAUGGCUGCCCCAGCGUUAGCAGCCCGUACCGGGUCUGUGACCCGCUCCGCCCAGGGCCGUGCACGACAUCAGACCAGGCACUCUCAGGGCCGCCCUCCAGCUCACCAUGUCUCCACGUGCCUUACCCCUUUUCCUUCAGGCAGGUUUUGCGGGGUGUUCUAUUAAGACGUCCACUAGAAAUAGCUUGUCCUGUCAACUAUGAAAUAUGGUGACUAGAUUUUAAUUCAUAACUGUAAAGUUUUUUAAAAUUUUGGGCUAGUAAUUUGUUUUACUAGAAUGACAAAGAAGAUGUAAACAAUUUUAUUCUGUAGGCUUUUUACUCAAUUAUGUACAAACCACGAAUCAGGUACUGUAAUUUAGUUAAGUAUUGCUUUAAUUGCAACAGAAUAGCUUUUGUGGCUAUCAAAUGAAAUCUGUAAAUAGGAGGUGGAGGGCAAGCCAUCCUGACUGAGCAGUUUUUAACCGCAGGUUCUAAAGUGUCCCGCGGAGUACAGAUAAUAUUCUGGAAGGUAACUGUUUACUACGACAGAGACGUGGCAUUUGGAAACGAAACGUAGAUGUUUCAUGGAGCUUAUUUUGAGAACUUUCCCAUUUCAGGUUUCUGCAUUCAGGCUUUACAUGGUCAGUUAACUCAGAGAUACCCCAACUGUUUAUCAUCAGCUCCUCUGAAAUGUGAUCCGUUUGUAACUGUGCUCAUCACUGCGCCAGUGCGUUCGAUGACACGCUGACGGCAGGUGGUCACUGCCGAAACCCUCACGCCUCCGCUUCAGCAUCUCCACACUCUGAAGCUGUCUUUCGAAAUGUGUGCACUGAGCCCCUUGUUUGAUCACAUUUGUGUAAAGUUUUUUUAGAAGCGAUGGCUUAUUAACAGGGAAGAACUUGUUAUAUUGCAGUUGUAAGAAUAGCCUUAGGUGUUUAGAUUUUUUUUUUUUUUUUUAAUGAUAGGGAAGAUGCAGCCAUCACUGGGAUAUUUUAGAAUCCCAGGGACAUCAGAAUGAAGUAUCAGUUUGUCAGAUUCUUUUAACAAUUAUGUUUUCAGAGAAAAAAAGAUUCAUUUUCUCAUUUUAAACCAAUUAAAUAUUCUGGGUGAGACAGAUCACUCAUUUGCCUACGACCUUUUAGAAAAGUUGUUGUUUUGUUGAAAUACUGUAUCUACGCUUAAUCUAAAUUUGCAUUGACUAUGUUUUAGUGUAUUUAUAAAUGGUGAACUCAGUUUCUGAAAUUAAACUUUUUAUUUGCAAUUUUCUAGUGCUGGCAGACACUGGCUUUUUAUUUUUAGGAUAAGAAAACAGGCAUAUUCUUUGUGGUCCAUUAUCUAGAGUCCAUCCUUGGGCAGCAUUUGAAAUUUCACCUUAACCCCAGACAGGGCUCCGGGGAAGUGGAGAUGUAAUUCUUACAACAGCAGUUCUGAUCAUGGUCACGGUGAUGACUUUCCUGGUCUCCUGUUCAAGUGGUGCCAGAAUGCAGGAGCCGGUGGUCAGCUCCGAGGGGUUGCCUUGGCCGCAGCCUCUGUGCAUGCCCUUCCUGGUGCCUUCUCACCUGGUAGCUGUGCACUCGUUCCCACGAGAACAGCCUGCUUCCAGAAUGCCCAGGAGUGCUGGUCAGGGACAGUGCCCGUGAGGCUGCAGAGGAGCUGGAGUCCAUGGCCCACCCAUCUCUCUGUCGCCAGCAGCUCUGGCCAGUGUCAUCCUGGUGUAGAAAGGGUUGUGCACAGGAUAGGAGGGAGCCACAGUUCUUGCUCAGUUGUGCCCACGGCCAGCUUGCAGUCCUGUGUUUCGUAAGAUUGUAUUUGGAACGGUAAUAUCCUUAGAAUUUUGGGAUAUUGAGCUUCAUGGAUUUUCUCUCCAAAACAAGCCAGCACAACUAAGUGUAGCAGAAUCGUACCCACUCGUUCACUGGACGGGGACGAAGUGCUCUCCCUUCUCCAGGGGUUGGGCUAGUUCCUGGGAUGCAACAGAGAUUUCCGUGGACGCAGUCUCUGGUCUCAUAGAGCAUAUAGUCUAAUCCAGGAUUGGCAAGCUGCAGCCACGGACCCAGUCCGGCACUCUGCCCAUUUUUCUAAGUGAAAUUUUCUUGGAAUACAGUCACAGCUGUUUUUUAACAUGUUGUCUUGGCUACUUUCAGACUGCGACAGGAUAAUUGAGUAGUUGUGACAGAGGCCACAGGCCCACUGAAAGGGCCAAACAGGGCUGAAAACACUCACUGUUUGGCCCUUUCCAGAACAGCAAGUUUGCUGGUCCUUGAGCUAGCCUGCCUUUAUGUUUUGUUUUGUUUUGUUUUAAGCUUUCAUCUUCAUGCUGCUGUAUUUUUAGUUGAAGUGUUCUGAGUAACAGUGAGUGUAUAAAAGGGGAUUGCAGGAAAAAAUGAGGGCUUGCUUUACUCAACAGAAAAUAUGGCCCUUCUUGAGUGACACUGGGAGAGUUGUUUUAUCUUGUACAUUCCCUUUAUUUGGUUGGUGGACAUUUGUUGAAACCAGGCACUCAGUGGUCAAACCGUCUGUGCCCUCCAGUUGCUGACAGUCCUGCAGGAAGAUGGACAAGAGGCCCAGUGCUGACAGCCACACGACUCUCACUGUACUUGAAUGAGGGGACUGUGGGUACAACUAGAAAAUAUGUUAACUUUUAGCCAUUCCCACUUUGCCUCUCUGUUCAAAACCCCAGCUGCGAGCUGUUUGUUUCCCUGCCUGGAAAUGAUGUUUUAGGCAGGUUCUUAAUUUCUCAGGUCUGUCUCAGAUAAUAAAAAGCUCUUCAUAUGAGCCUCAGAACUGUCUCUUCAGUGAAUGAAAUUACCAGUCAUUAUAUGAAGGGACUUUAAAAGAUUUGUGGAAAUAUUGAAGUAAAACAUAAAAAAUAAAAACUUUAUUUCUUGGCUGGG